CACAUUGUAAACACCAUCGACCACUGUCUACAAGAAGAACUCAUUCGCUCUCUGCCCCCUCACUAGCUCUCGAGAAACUCUUCUCUCUCUCUCUCUCUCUCUCUCUCUCUCUCUUUAGCUCUCUCGCUCUUUAAGAAUCAACAGAGACAGUUUCGCUCCUUUUCUCUGUGUUUGCACGCAUUUGAGAAAGAAACAUUCAAGAAACAAACAGAGCACCUCUGUUUUUUUUCAAGCUGGCGAUCGAAAAUCAAGAAACCACUGUCCGGGAAAUCAAGCCCAAGAACCGGAGGAUCAUGGGUGCUGGAGGCCCUGAUGACGAGGACAAUAGGUGGCCGCCGUGGCUGAAGCCUUUGCUGAAAGAGAGCUUCUUUGUUCAAUGCAAGUUACACGCGGAUUCCCACAAGAGUGAAUGCAACAUGUACUGCUUGGAUUGCAUGAACGGUGCUCUCUGCUCUAUCUGCCUCAACUACCACAAGGACCACCAUGCUAUUCAGAUAAGAAGGUCCUCAUACCAUGAUGUGAUAAGGGUCUCUGAGAUUCAGAAAGUUUUGGACAUAACUGGGGUCCAGACCUACGUUAUCAACAGCGCCAGGGUCGUCUUCUUGAACGAGCGCCCUCAGCCUAGGCCCGGCAAAGGCGUCACCAACACCUGUGAGGUCUGCGAGCGCAGCCUGCUUGACUCUUUCCGCUUCUGCUCUCUCGGUUGCAAGAUUGUUGGGACAUCCAAGACUUUCCAGAAGAGGAAGAAGCACUCGACGACGGAUCUGGCUUCCGACUCAGAGGACUCCCAGUCCAGCAGCAGCCACGGCCAAGGGAAGAGAAAAUUCCAGAGCUUCACUCCCCCCACGCCGCCGCCAACUGCCAAUUACCGGACGGCGAGGCGAAGAAAGGGAAUCCCACACCGUGCACCAAUGGGAGUAAUCAUGGGGUACUAGCGCUAAAUGUUUUCUUCUAAUUACUCUACUACCGGUGGCACAUAACUUCUGUGCCCCUCUUCCAAUGGCCGCAGUCUUUUUAGCCUCUUAAAAGGCCGGCGUUGGAUUUAGUAUCUGUACAUAGAAGCAAUAGAAGUGAACAAGCUAGAAAAAUGUGAAAAAAUAAAGGCAAAAUGUGGAGAUGGUGGAGUCGGUGGAAAACUUUUUAGAAGAAGAAUAUUAGAAUACUAUAUAUAUAUAUAUAUAUAUAAUAUAUAAGUCUAUAGGGUUGGUUUUUAGUGAUUAUACAUAAGAUUUGGGGCUUUUGUUUAAAGUGUAAAUGCUGCUUGGGUUUUAGAGAGGUGGUAGGGAAUGGGAAUGGGAUUGGGAAGCAAUAUGUACUCAGUCUUGGGGGGAAAUGUCUAUAUAAGGAAAAUGAAUAAAUAGAUUUUUGUUUUAUA